CUUUGACCUUUUCAGUCCCUAUCCCUCCUUGAUCAAACAUUUCCUGCAAAUAUUGAUUCUCGGCAUUACUGGGGUUCCAACAACUAUCAGCCGGUUGACCACGGCCGACCGACAACCCCCCACGAUGGAUCAACAUGAUGACUUUGAUAGUGUGUCUUGGAAGCACGACCCAGACAGUGAUGUCUCACGGCCGACAACUGCAAGUACGGAUGCUGCAGAACCCAGUGAAACUCACCAUGACUCCAAUGGCAAGCGGAGAAUGAGCUCCGCCCAAGAAGAGCCCCAGGCCGGCCCGCUAGCUGACGCCGUCGACCUGGCGGGCAUCGGCGAUGGAGUUCUUGAGUGCCGAGUUGACUCUCCGCUCAAAGAAAAUGACGGGACAAAAGAUGCAUAUAUCUCGUACCUGGUUACCACACAUACCGACUUCAAAUCGUUCCAGAAACCCGAAUUUACUGUUCGGAGGCGCUUCACCGACUUCUACUUCCUAUACAAGACGCUCUAUCGCGAAUACCCGGCAUGCGCGGUGCCGCCGCUCCCGGACAAGCACAAGAUGGAGUACGUGCGGGGAGACCGGUUCGGCCCGGAGUUCACAACGCGACGAGCUUGGUCGCUGCAUCGAUUCUUGAAACGUUUGACGCUUCAUCCUGUGCUUCGGCGAGCGCCUCUUCUCACUAUCUUCUUGGAAUCGCCGGACUGGAAUGCGCAUAUGCGCCUGCACUCAACACGGGUAUCAACUAAUACCGGGUCGGAUGGCGCGGCUACUGGUAUCUUCGAUAACUUUACUGAUUCCUUUGUCAACGCUUUCUCUAAAGUGCACAAGCCGGACCGGCGCUUUAUCGAGGUGCGAGAGAAGGCUGAUAAGCUCGACGAAGACCUGUCACAUGUGGAGAAGACCGUGGCACGGGUUGCGCGGCGUGAAUCCGAUCUGGAGACAGACUAUGCCGAGCUAGCGACACAGUUCCGCAAACUCGUCCCGUUAGAGCCUGCUAUUGAGAUGCCACUGCAGGUCUUUGCAGCUUCAGUGGAAGAGACCGCGCGCGGGAUGCGCGGCUUGAAGGACCAUACAGACCAGAACUAUUUGGGAUCGCUGCGCGAUACCGAGUCGUAUAUCAUGUCCCUCAAGUCCCUGCUGAAGACACGUGAACAGAAACAGCUCGAUUUCGAAGCCUUGGUCGAUUACCGCAAUAAAGCUGUGACCGAGCGUGACUCUCUGGCUGCCAACCCAGCUGCUUACUAUGCCUCAAACCCACUCACUUCCUCCCCAGCAUCGUUCAUCCGCUCUAAGAUGGAAGACAUGCGCGGUGUCGACCACGAACAGUCCCGCCGCGAGCGUGUACGAAAGCUUGAACUCCGCAUUGACGAAUUGACCCGCGAGGUCGAGUCCGCAAAAACUACAUCUGAGAUGUUCGACGAGGAGGUCAUCCGCGAAGUCGCAGAUUUCGAACGUAUCAAGGCGGUCGAGUUCCGAGAUGGACUUGGUUCAUUUGCUGAUUCGCACAUCGAGUUCUACCAGGGCGUGCUGUCUACAUGGGAACGGUUUGUAGCAGAGAUGGAGGGCGAAGCUGAGCCCGGGCAUGACUCUGAUGCGGCUGCUAUCGGAGCCAUUUAG